AUGAAGGUGAUCCAACAGAGGAAUGUAUACUUCGUGGACUUGGGGAAGUGUAUAUAUAGGGGAUUCAUAGAGACAGCAAUAGAGCGGGAUUCCGGAGAAAAUGUUCUUGUGUACAGGUCAAAGGACCUUGACAUUUUGAAGGUCGAUAUAAUAGCUUCUGGGAAGUUGAGGGUUGCGGAUUACAUGAGCAGGGAUGCAACAGCCGCCAUUGACAAGAACGAGGCAUCCUUUAGUAGAAACAUGUGGAAGAAUAUAAGUUCUGAGGGCAUACUUGAGGUCCAAAUACCCGAGGAAGUCAAGGAGGAUACAUUCACAGUAAGGGUUCUUUAUAAAGCAAAAGAAAACAACAAUUCCAUAGAGUUUUACAAGCCGGUUUCGUCAGAGGACAAGCACAAAGAGAUAGUCGCAUCCAAUAGAAUGUUUGACUCCUCUUCAAUAUUUCCGUCGUUUUCCGUGCCCUAUAAGAGCAAAUGGGAGCUGGUUUAUAUUCUUCCUAGCAAUGAUGAAACGAAAAUCAUAUCGCCUGGGAUUCUCAAAAGCAUAAAAGAAGAAGAAGAUGUGAUAUUGUAUUCUUAUGUAGUGGACAUGGCCUAUAGCGGGGCAAUAAAUUUCUGCAUAGGGACGUUUGAUAGCUACGAAGUAUCCACUGGAGAUGAUAGAAAGGCUGUGUGCAUUCCAAAAGGAUUCGACGGAUAUAAGGAUUGUGUGAGAGAAUUUUGCUGUGACGUAGAGAAUCUGAUCAGGUAUUCGGAGUAUUUUCUUCAAAGAGAAUAUCCAUUCAAGGCUCUUUCGAUUGCGUUUGUGUUUGGAGAUGCAGACAAGGUAUAUGGAGAGAGUACUGCGUUUUUGGCCCUAUCAAACCUUACAUUUUUGAACGACAUCGAGCCGAUGUUUCUUCUGAAGAGAAUAAUAUGUGACAUACUAAGCUCUCAAAUAUUCUACUUCUAUUUUUCUGUGGUGGAAAGGGCAGACUUUUGGAUCUCUGAGGGAAUGAAAGGGUAUUUUGAAGACUACUGCGUAAGGCAUUUUCUAGGAAACAACGAGUUUCUAUAUGGUCUCAAGAAGGACAAAGACUACAUACUUGACAGGGAUGUUACAGAGUAUGCAUUGUACGAUACUAGAAGGACCUUCUUUUCGAUGAGGGAGAAGUUUUUCAAAACAAAAUCCAAGGUCUUUUUCCAUCUUUUGGAAGGGAAUCUUAGUAGAGCCUUUAUGGAAAAGAUUCUGAACUACACAAUAAAGAAGAAGAGCGAUGUCAGAGAAAACUAUAGCUUCGAGUUUGUCAAGCUCGUCAAGGAUGUCACCGGAAAAGACCUUCGAUCUCUUUUCGAAACUUAUGUGUUUAGGCCUGGGGUAGUAAAGGUAAGACUCGGAUUCACGAUAAACAAGAAAAACAACAGAGUAGACUUCACUGCCAGCCAGAUUCCCACAAGUAUAUUUUCUAAUGGGAACAAGACGAUAUCUGGCCCUGUGACCAUAUGCAGUUAUGAAAUGGAAGGGAUAUUUGAGCAUGUGUUUAUGCUGGAUAGAGAGAAUCAUUUCUAUUACCAUCCAAAGACGAAGAAAAAGAAGAAGUCUGAGGAAGAGGAAGAGGUGAUGCCCUUACUGUGGAUAAGGGCAGACACGAAGGGGGAACAUUUGGCAAAAAUAGUUAUAGAGCAACCUGACUAUAUGUUUAUAGAACAGCUUCUGGAUAAGAACAUCAUUGGCCAAAUGGAGGCUUUGGAAAAUCUCUCGAUAAAGCCAUCGACCCAUGUCUGCGAGAUAUUUGAGCGAAUGCUCGAGAAUACCCAUAUCUUCUACAAAAUAAGGAUCCAUAUACUAUACAUCCUUUCUAGAACGAUAGUCGGAAGCUACUAUGGGUUCCAAAGACUCAUCCAGUAUUUUGUGAAGAAGUAUUGUGUGCAAACAUCUACGAUAGUCAAGCCAAACGACUUUUCGUUUAUUCCAUACUUCAUACAGAAGCAUCUUGUAAAGGCCCUAUCAUAUGCAGAUCCAUUUGUUUUCAAAAACUAUUCAGGAAGAGAGGUGGGAUCUGCAAGUAUCAUUUCUGCAUUCAUCAUCAACAUACUCAAAUUCAACGACAAUUCAUUCAACUCCUACAGUGAUGGGUGGUACAUAUCUUCUGUAAUCGAAAGCCUGAGCUUUCCCCUUUCCUCGAUGAGCUUUUCGGAGUUUUAUUCUGAUAAAUACACAAAGUUCAAAGGCGAAGGAUAUUCUUCUCGUGGAAAGGAGAAGGCAGGAGAUGACAUAAACGAACUGUUCAAGGUGGAGAGGGUUGAUGCGAAGGACAGUAUGCCAGGGAGUAGCAUUUCUGGAAUAAAUAAUAAAAAGAGCACGGACACACCCAGCCCAAAUGAGGACUAUGAGAACACUCCAUCAUUAUACAGCUCGGCAAAUAAUUCAGACAUAAAAAUAGAGAACAACAAAUCUUCAGAGGAACAUAAAAAAGGAGAAAAGACGGAGCCAUUGGAGAAUCCUGACUACCUCCAUCUCUCAAUUUCCGAGAUUGAAAGGUUCAGGAUUUUGGACAUGGUUUUCCCAUCCCACAGAAAUCUGGUAAGCAAGUCCUGUCUCUAUGCCUUGGGGCGUAUUUCUCUGUUUGGAAUGGCAAGUUUGAGGAAAAAUGCUUUAAUUCAGCUUUCGAAAUAUCCUAACUUUUGUAGCAUCAGAGUUGCAGCGCUUGAGGUUUUGCUUGCACUAUUUUACGAGGACGAAGAGGUAGUUGAAGAAGUCCUUGAAAUGCUAGAAAAGGAAACAUUUACCAUAAAGUGCAUGACUUUUGACAUUAUGAUAACUCUUGGGCUGUCUCCCAAGUUUGGUUUUAAAAAGGUUUUGAAGGGAAAAAGAAAAAAGAUGUUUAGACUGCUAAGGCUCAACCAGGGAAGCAUUACCAUUAAGGAGAAAAUUACGAGCCUGAUAUAUCUCAUAGAAGACAUGGAGUUAACACGCGAUGAUUAUCAAAAGGCUGUGGCCAAAGUUUAUGAAGAGACUCUACCCGAUGAUCUGCGUAAGACAAUCAACCGCUUGGGUAGAGAGUUUAUGGGUGACAGACAUACUAGUCUGAAGCUGAGUAGUAUGGGUGUACUCAAGAGGAAGCUUUUGCAGACAGAGUAUCUUAUUAGAAUUCCCAUUUCAAAAAGGAGUAAGCUGUCCAGGAAAUCCAUGGUGCAUAAAGAGGAGUCUUUGCAUGUAGAUGCAAGUGCCGACUCACCCAAAAGGGCCAUUUAUGUAAAGGCUCCCAAUAGAAAAACUGUAGAAGAUAUGAAAGGCUUAAAGAAACAUGGCUCCAAAAAUAACCUUCGAACAAAUGUCACAAACCCGCGCAUCGGAACUAUGGUCAGAAUUCCAAGCUCCUUCAAAGUUAGGCUCAAGCAUCCAGAAAAGUAG